CGACACGGGCUUGAAGUUUUGAUGGCGGAAAUUGUUCAAGGCGGAUACUAGAGUGCAGAAAAUCUGUGGAAGUUCCUUCUGUGAUUUACUUUUCUAACUACAGUCACAACAUACAUACGACGACUUAAACAACUUAGUUUUUUCUCUUUCAUUUGACGCCGUAUCGCGCGGGAUUUUUUCAGCAAAGAACAGAUUCCUCUAUUCUUGCUUCACUGCUUGCCUCGUUCGGAGAGACGAUUUAUUGACACCCACAAUUUCAGUUUGCAACUAAAACCUUUUGACUUUUUCUGACGCUACAGAUCAAAGGAAAAAUUUUAUUGACCAAUUACGUAUACUUUGUGCGGUUGAUUUCUUCAAAAUGACGAUGUAUCGGGUCAUCAAAGUUUCGUUAAAGCUCAUUUUUGUGAUGGCGAGUAUGGUCGUGAUGUCUUCCGCUAAUUGUAGUGAUCCUGGUAUUCCUCAUCAUGGUAGUAGAACUGUAUGGCCUUCUGGUAGAUUUUCUGAUGGAACCAUCAUUAUUUUCUCAUGUAAUUCUUUUUAUAAUCUCACUGGGGCAAAAAAGAUUUUGUGCAGUAAAGGACGUUGGAGUGGGAAAAGACCCACAUGUCAACCACCAGGUUGUCCGUUGCCAACACCUAAUUUUCCCAAUGCACAUCUGAAAUAUCAAUCACUGCAAAACACCAAAGGGAGUUAUGUGGAGUAUGCCUGUAAUAUAGGCUACACAUCUAACGGAAGACCUACAAAGAUCCUGUGUGACAAGGACCAUGAGUCGCUAGGGUACUUCUGGAAUGGUAACAUCACCUGUGAAAAAAUAAGAUGUGGUCGUCCUCCAAGGAUUGCUCACGGCAAUGUCACCACUGGUCCUCACUCAGAUGGCGCCAGAACAAUGGCAACAUAUUAUUGUUUUUCUGGCUAUAAGUUGCUAGACUAUAACAGAAAGCAACAGCCAAUAUUUAGAAUGUCAUGUGUGGAUGGUUCAGGAGGAGGAGUCUGGCAAACACAAUAUCUACCUAAAUGCGUAAAAACCUGCCCCACAUCAGAUGUUACAAUUGACCAUGGUGAAGUCAAAAGUAACCCGUUUUACGAGGGCUCAUACAAUUUCACAGAAAAUAUGACUGCAAUUUUUGUUUGUGAAGAUCAUUAUAAGCUUGAAGGUAAUCAAAAGCCAAAAUGUAUGGAAUCUGGACUUUGGUCUGCCAAGGCGCCUCGCUGUGUUUUAAACGUCUGUGAACGUCUUGAAAAUAUAACAAAUGGCGGGAUCACAUUUAAUAAUAGCAAAGCCAGAGCGACAAAGGCUCCUAUUUGGACAGAAGCCAGUUACAAAUGCCACGUUAUGUAUAGACUUAUUGGUAAUAGUACACGGCAGUGUCGACCUGGAGGCCACUGGAGUGGACAAAGUAACCCAUUCUGUGAAGAAUCUAAGCUGACGUGCCAGAGAUUGGAUCUUGCCAACGGUGGAUAUAAACCCGCUAUUGACGAGUAUCGCCUUAAUCAACAAAUUACACCAUCUUGUAAUCGCGGCUAUUUGCUGUGGGGGCCGCCGAGUCUAACUUGCAAGGAUUACAGUGACGAUGCAGCAGACUGGCUGUAUCUAGGCUGUGUCAAGACUAACGGUAAUCGUGAACUUUAUUGUGACAACACCAAGUUUCCAGAGUGUGUAACGCUAGAAGAAUUCGAGGAGAAUUGCCAAAAGGUGGGUGGUCAUGCAACGGAUGUCUCGAAGAAAGGCAAACAAUCUAUGAGCUGUGAGAUGUCAGCAUUGGAAGAAGUGCCUGAUGUGCCCGACGAGUCUCAACAGCCAAAUAGGGAAUUGGAUAAGAUGACAAUUGUAAUCGCAAGUACAGGCUCAACCUUGGGUGCUUUGGUCGUUUUAUUAGCAGCCCUAUAUUGCUUUCGACAACGAAUCCGAAGAAUCCGGCGCCCUUCGUACAGGAGUCGACGAUACAGCGACGAUGAUAGGAUCGCGUUCAUUGCAUACGCGGGAGACGUGCAUUUUAUUUUGCCAUCGUAUGACGAGGCUAUUAGUCAAGUGGAGCGCUCUCCCCCUUCGUUCGAAUCAGUUGUAGAAGGUACUCAAGGUAGUGCCAAUCGAUCUACAACAGACAGUAAUGGCAAUCAGAAUACCAACCAGUCUGGUAACACAGACUCAAAUCAUACGGCUGCAAAUACAAACCGCGCUACCGAAGAUGAUGACUUAAGAACUGACCAAGAACUAGCCCAAGGACAGUCGAUCCGUAUAGUUAGUAAUCCACUAGCAAACAACGGGCGCGAUACGAUUUGUAGUUCAACAACUCAAAACGCUGAUCACGCAUCCAGUAGCGAAAGCGAAAGAAGAGUUGGGUUCUCCGACGAACAUACAUGUUUAAACGCCUGCGGUAAAGAGUCGUCGCCGAAUCGUCCGUCCGAAGAUAUCUCGAGUUCCUCCUCGGAGGAAGACCUCACAUCCAACCAAACGCAGCCGUUGCUCUCGAACAGUCGAAUGGGUGUUAGGAUGUGAUCGAUAUCUCGGAUUUGAUGUAACGGAACUUAAAUGUGUUAAGCCUAUAUUCAGUGUCGGCUACUGGUAAAUUGCUGAUUCCAAAAAAUGAUCGGUAGAUAGAAAAAGAGAAAAAAAAAGAGCAUCAGAUGCCAAAUUUCGUGACAGGGGUCUUCUGGUUUGAGAAAUAGCGUUCAAACGAUGAGAUUCGAAGGGUAAUAAUUACUUUUGUGUAAUAAUUUUUGCUUCAAUUUUUUUUUUUUGAGGGGGGGGGGUUAUUUCUCAUCUUUAUUUUUAUAUUUAUUGCUAUUUCGAUUUACAGUAUCUGUUUCUUAGAAUGGGCAGGGGAUUAAAAUGAAGCUUGGUUUAACCAAAUGAGAGAGAGAACAGCAUCAAUACGUUUUUCUUUCCGUGUUUCUUUGCUUUUUUAUGUUCAUCAUCCCCCCCCCCCAACUUUUGAUUGUUACAGCCAUCCCUGAAUACAGUCCCAACGAAAGAAAACAAAAUUACAUAGUUACUUUCUCAUAAAAUAAGAUAUUUUUUGAUGAAACGAUUACUGUUUUGCCUAAACUUAUAUUUUGAGUCCUCGACUUAUGUACCUACAUGUAUAUGCUCGUUAGAUAUCUAAUGCCCGUGUCUUGUGAUUGUUCUCUUUUGCUUGUAAAGCAAACUUUGGAAAUCCUUGAAUUACUUCAGUUUUUACCAAGCAUGUAUGGUUCUUACGGUGUAUUUUCAAGUAUAUCACGCAGAGGUAGCAGGUUAGGACAGUCGAUUAAAACUGAAUGCGGAAAUAAAAACUGUGCUGACAUUGUAAUUGGAGAUCCAGUGAACCAUUUUUUUUUCUUUGUCUUUUUUGACUGAAUGAAUGCAUGGAAACUAUGAUUGAUAUGCUCUUACAUAGUCAGUCACAUGCUACAAACCCAGCAAAAACAUACAAGAAAGAAAUGUGAGGGGUUUCCUAACCAGUUACUUCUGCCUCUUUAAUGUUUUUACACUUUCUUAAAAGAGAGUAGCCAAAUAGUGUAAAGGUUAGCCAUAUUAUAGAAAAAUUCACUGCCUGACUCGUGAAUUCCACGUUAAAUUUCGUGCGAAAAACCAAUAUCGCACGAAUCGC